AUCUGCUGUAUCAGCCUCGCCAAACACGGAAGUAACUGCACGCGAUAUCUGCAUAACAGCAUGUCUGCACAUCGAUCAUGAUUCUUUUUUAUUUAUUGUUAAUCGUUUUGGGUUUUAUUCACAAUGGAGGCUCACAAGAAGUGGAUGACUGCUUUUCGUCUAAAUGGUUAAAGUCAGUGAUGAUUUCAAUGAAGAUCACCAAAGCAGGAUUUCACAGAGAUCUUCAAUACAGUGUUCAAUAUGACAAAGUAGAUCAUGAUGUGAAAGCUUUACUAGUCCAGAAGAUGCCAAGUGGAGUCUACAUGGAUGAAUAUCAGCUGGCAACUCUGAGAGAGGAGACCGGUUUGGAGGUUCUUCUGGAUUCAAAGGUUGAUCUGGAAGCACCAGAAUAUUUGUCCACUGGUUUUACCGCUUUUAUUUAUCUUUCCCCAUCAUCCGAGAUCUCUGGGCAACAUGAGGCAACGGUUCCCAUUCACGCCCGGUACCACAGACCCUCAGAGUCUGGUGAUAAAUGGGUUAAAGUGGACAUCGGGUCACCCAGGCUGUUGAUUCGUUCAGAUCAAUGCAAGACUCAAUCUUCACAUUUAUCUUAUGAAUUUGUUGAUGCUCCAUGUACAUUUAGUAAUGUCAGCAUAUGUUCAUGGUUGGAGAUUCAGGAUUUAGAGGAAACAGGACCUGUAAGCCUGGAUAUUCCAGUCGGAGAUGCGAGACAAAUCUUUAUUGUUUGUGUUGGCACUGUAUUAGUAACCCUGCUGAGCUGUUUUUUGCUUUUUAGAGCCAUGUGGAACCACAGGACCUUAAAUAUUUCAAUAAAAACAAAAUAGAUGUU